AUGUGUCGUCUGAAGAUGUUUUCCUUCAACAAGCGGUACCACAUGGAUAUUGCUGCUUUGAUGCUGCCGGAAAAAACAAAAAAAGCCGGAGUAAUCCAGCCAAAUGGUCCUCCUGGUGGUGGAGUGGUUAUAAUUCUGAAAGACUCCUAUCGUUCUACCAAGAUCGACAUAAAAUUUAAUCUGAAGACGCUUGAAUACCUAUGUGUAUCAUCGCUUUCAUAUGGCUCCAGUAUAAUUAGUUGGGUUGCCAUCUACAGACCUGGUUCAUCACAAAUCAUAUCAACGUUUUUCGAUGAAUUUCGUCAACUUCUUGAAAAACUCACAAAGCUUGGUGACACCAACGCUCAACAAAGGUUUGAGUUCAAAGUUCACAGCAUCAUGGUCGAUCAGCCAAUCAUAUCUGAUCACAGUUUGAUAUAUGAUUCGCUGGAUAUUGAACAAAAAAGUCUAGUUUGUCUAGUCAACAAAAAAAGGUCAGAAUCGUUGAGAAAACAUAAACUGUUUGCUGCAAAAGAACAAGGAAAUUGGGAGUCGUUAAUUACCUCAAACUCCGGAAAUUCUAAAGUGCAUUGGAGCAUAGUCUCAUCGUUAAUGGGUAAAAAAAAGACAGGGGCGUCGCCAACUGAAUCCAUCUCGGCCAGUGACUACCUGGGGUACAUUCUUUCAAAAUCAUCAACGACAUCGGGUGUAAUUCCGGUAGAUCAUUCGAAAUAUCAACGAACUGAUUGCCGUCUUGAUCACUUUGAUCAAAUUUCAUGCGAUGAUUUUAAAUCAGUGAUAUUAUCAACGCCUUCAAAAUCAUGUUUGCUUGACCCAGUCCCGACAUUCAUUUUGAAAGAACUCUUGGGAAUACCGCUCCCAUUUUUGCUCCAGGCUUCGAAGAUGUCACUUUUGCUGAAAAAUAAUAACAAUAAUAAUAAUAACAACUUAAAUCGCGAUAAAGCUAAGCAACUGAAGCCAGCCAGUGCGUCCGCGUUUUGGGAGACGGGCAACGGCACAGGAAAGAGUGUUGAAAACGAAUAUACCAGCGGGCCACAGGAAAGGCUGAGGCUGUGUUUAUUUAUGAAUCCAAAUUACUUGGAUGCCAAACUGAGUACGAUUAACCUAGUAGUUCCACGCAUGCUGUAUACGCAGAGUCUGCAUCUUCCACUGUGCUGGCUAAAAUUGGAGGGUCUCGUGGCCGAGUGUUUAGCGUGUCUGUCUACCACUCCCACGACCCGGGUUCGAAUCCUGCAGUUUCUACAGGUUUAUCCGGUUAGCCGACCCCUGGCCAACCCAGCCGUUUAUCCUUUCGAGGCUGGUAAAUGGGUAGAUAACGUAAGCUGUCGCAUGUUGGCCGGCGAGAUGGCUCAGUGGUUCAAAUGCUCGCUGAGUCAAACAUCUCCAUAG